AUGGCUGUAUCUCAAGCAGCGAACAUCGUGGAGAAGAUUGUCGGCCAUGGAGAUGAUGCCAAAAUUACCACUGAUGUCAGCAACUAUGAAAACGAAUUUGGAAAAGAGAGUGAUGAGAGAAUCCAGGCUACUACCUGGCAAGGCAAGAACACAAUGGAAGUUGUGGAAAUGCCCAAGCCAAGAGUCAUUGAUCAGGAUGAUGUGAUUGUCAAGGUGACAGGAAGCACUAUCUGCGGAAGCGACCUUCACCUGUAUCAUGGCGUCAUCCCACAACUCCAGAAAGGUGAUGUACUCGGCCAUGAAUGCUGUGGAGUGGUGGAAAGUGUAGGCCCAGGGACUGAAAAGAUCAAAUCUGGGCAACGUGUGGUUGUUUCUUUCCCUAUUGCCUGCGGAAAGUGCAUGAACUGCCAGAGGGAGUUCUUCUCGCAGUGUAGUGAAACUAAUCAGAACACCCUCACGAAUGCCAUGUAUGGCAAUCGAACUGCUGGCAUGUUUGGUUAUUCUCAUUUUACCGGUGGCUUCGCUGGUGGCCAGGCUGAGUACCUUCGCGUUCCAUAUGGAGAUGUCAAUCUGCUUCCUAUCCCGGAUGAUGUUCCAGACGAGAAAGCACUCUAUGUAUCGGAUGUCUUAGCAACAUCCUGGCACUGUGUGGUCGACACUGGAGUCGAAAAGGGUGACGUUGUUGCCAUCUGGGGUGGCGGGCCGAUUGGACAGAUGUGUGCACAAUUCAGCUUUUAUCAUGGAGCCAGCCGUGUCAUUCUCAUUGAUGGAGGCAAUGCUGCAUGGCGGCUGGACUUUGUCAAGCAAAAAUUGCCAAAGCUUGAGACCAUCGACUUCACCGAUCUACCCAAGGGUGAGUCGGUAACAUCACAGCUGAAGAAAAUGGUCACAGGAGGCCCUGAUGUCGCUCUCGAGUGUGCUGCUGGAGAGUAUGCAAAAGGAUGGGCGCAUUACUUUGAGCAGAUGCUCGGAAUGGAGACAGAUACUUCGGAACUACUGAACGAGAUGAUUACUUCUGUUCGUCCAUUUGGACGAGUAGGCGUGACGGGUAUCUACGCUGGAUAUACUAAUCAUUUCAAUAUUGGGGCUUUGAUGCAGACUGGUGUUCAUCUUAUGGGCAACGGCCAGGCCCCCGUACACAAGUACUGGAACCAUCUCAUGGAUCUCAUACAGACGAACGAGAUUGAUCCACUUGUUAUGGUGACACACCGAUUCCGUCUUGAGGAUAUGGCAAAGAUUUAUGAAAUGUUUGAUAAACGAGAGGGCGGGAUACAGAAGGUCUUCGUACAGACCAAGCAUUCUGGCCCUGCAUCAAAAGGAGCCCCCACAUUGACUGAAUUUUGA